GACAAAGAUCUGAGACGUCGAACGCGCAUUUUGUCAAACAUGCUGUGGACUGUGAAACACGCCAUUAUUAUGAACUGGUACACAUGAGCAGGUUUUAAAUAUGGAAAAUGUGGGCCACCGAAUUUAAACCCAUCUCCAUUUUUGACUGUGAAACAGUUUAUACUUAGCAUUCAGUGCUCUGUUCAUACGCAGAGCGGAAAGGAAGAGAAUGAACACAAAGACGACACUGUGGAAACCGAACAUGUUAGUGUUGAUUGAUCGCAAAGCUCUGGUUUUCUGACCCUGCCAAAUUUGAAGAACCCUGGGAGCAAGGGGACCAACCAUUCACAAAAAUUGAGAGUCAUGAAGAAAAAUUCUGAUUCAUUGCACAAUUCGGGUACAUAUACAAGCCCAGGAACACCGGAACAUGGGGAUAACAACGUGGGCGGGAUUCAAAAGGGUUGGCAGUCAGAAAGAGUACCUUUGCAGACAAAUAGUAGCCGAAGGCAUAUUAGUGCUGCUGCCUUGAUGCCAUUCAAUAGUGGAAGGGCUUUGCCUUCAAAAUGGGAUGAUGCAGAGAGGUGGAUAACUAGCCCGGUUUCAGCAUUUGAUGUUUGCAAAACUUCAGUCGUCCAACCUCAAAAGCGACCCAAGUCAAAGAGCGGCCCACUGGGGGCUUCGGGGGUUGCGUAUUUCUCGAAUUAUUCACCUGCUGUGCCAGUGCUUGAAGGUGGGCGUGUGAGCAAUUUGAUGGUGGGUUCGCCAUUUACAAAUGGUGUACUGGUUGCUGAUAACAUGUCCGUUCAUUAUGGCGGUGGCGUUAGUGCUCAAUCUAACCAUGUACAAGCUAAGAAUCGUAUGGCCCAACCUAGUGUUGUCCCUGGAUGGUCAGAUUUGCUACUUGAAGCCUCGCUGGCCAGCUCCCACGAUGAGCAGCUUGAUCGCACCAAGGAUGCAGAAACCAUGGUUUCCUGUGUUGUUUUGCGACGGGAUAAGGCGACCCAGAUGAGCCCUGAGGGCAGUACUCACUCAUCUACCGAAGAAAAGUCUUUGUUCUCUACCUCUGCUCCUUCAAUCCCUCUUGCACUGAGGCCUCAUGGAAACCAUUCUGCUAAAGUGGAAGUUAGGGAUGUGCAGGUAGACAAAGGAGCCACAGUGACCUGCCUGUCUAGAAGACAAACUGUGAGAAAGACAAAAAAACUCUCACCAGAUGUUGAGGACCUGGCUUCAUCGUGGGAAAUUGCAGAAGACGGAAAGAACACGUCAAAGCUCCAAAGAGAAGAGGCCAAGAUCACUGCAUGGGAGAACUUGCAGAAGGCAAAAGCUGAGGCAGCAAUUCGAAAACUUGAGGUGAAACUGGAAAAGAAGAGAUCUGCAUCAAUGGAUAAGAUUUUGAACAAGCUGAGUGCUGCUCAGAUUAAAGCUCAAGAUAUGAGAAGCUUUACAUCAGAGAGUCAUGCCAAUCAUGUUCCCCGGACUUCGCCCAAAGCUUUAUUCAUUCGUAAGUCUGUCAAGAUGCGUCGCUUUGUGAGAAGUUUCUUGACAUGUCAUGCAGUUUAAUUCUUGGCAUAUUCUUCUUCUGGUGCAAUCCUUGUCACCAGGCAAUUUUUAGUUCUUUCAAAAUCUGCCAAUCUUCUUGUUACGUUGGCUUCUUUUACUCAUUGUGGGAAACUGGACUUGUUUCUGUAAGAUGUCCAGAAGCAGAUGUAAUGAAAAACAUAACAACUAUAAUGGGGUUCAUUUUAAUUUGUCCCCUCAAAUAUUUUGAAGUUAAAACUAUUUUUUGGGUAGUGUUUUUAAAUACAACUACAUUAGCAUCACGG